CGGAUCCUUCAACAAGUUUAUUUUGUGACAGCUGGAUAGGCUGAAUUCGCUGCGCAUUGAUGAUUUUUUUUAGUUUUUUUCGUAGAAAUUGUUUUAAUCGACCGUCAUGUCGGGUCGCUGGCGAAUCGCGCGAAUUGGCGAUACAGUGCGCAGGUGUCUCCACGUGACCCCGUUCGCUGCGGGUUGCUCGAAAGGGGACGGGGGUGUUGCCAUGAGCAAGUUCGACAAAAACCCUUUGCCCUAUCCGAAAAUGGUGAAAACCCUCGAAUUAGUCAAACAGAAACUGGGAACGCCUCUAACGCUUUCCGAAAAAGUGUUGUAUUCCCAUCUGGAUGAACCCGACAAGCAGGAAAUCAAACGGGGAGAAUCGUACUUGAGGCUACGCCCCGAUCGUGUAGCAAUGCAAGACGCCACCGCCCAAAUGGCAAUGUUGCAAUUCAUUUCCAGCGGUUUGAAGACGGUGGCGGUGCCCACCACCGUUCACUGCGAUCAUCUCAUUGUGGCCGAAAAGGGCGGUAAAUCGGAUCUGAAACGGGCGAAGGAAAUGAACAAGGAGGUGUACAGUUUCCUGGCGUCGGCCAGCAAAAAGUACGGCGUGGGGUUUUGGAAACCCGGAUCGGGUAUUAUCCAUCAAAUCGUGCUGGAAAAUUACGCUUUUCCCGGCCUCCUGGUGAUCGGUACUGAUUCGCACACGCCCAACGGUGGAGGUUUGGGUGGUCUUUGCAUCGGACCGCACGCGAACGGUCCCUUCACGCCCGAUUUAUCCAGCCCCAUAAGCAAAUUGGGCGAGAACGCCAAGAAGAACAACUGGCCGAUCGAAAUCAAAGUGGGCUUGAUCGGAUCCUGCACCAACAGCUCCUACGAAGACAUGACCCGAUGCGCCAGCAUAGCCAAAGAAGCCAUGAGUCACGGCGUCAAAUCCAAGAUACCUUUCAUGGUGACGCCGGGAUCGGAACAAAUCAGAGCCACGAUGGAAAGGGACGGGCUCACUAAAACCUUUCAAGAGUUCGGUGGUACUGUUCUCGCGAACGCCUGCGGACCGUGCAUCGGCCAAUGGGAUAGAAAAGACGUGAAAAAAGGCGAAAAGAACACCAUCGUAACCUCGUACAAUCGCAAUUUCACCGGCCGCAACGACGCCAAUCCCGCCACGCACGGUUUCGUCGCUUCGCCGGAGCUGGUCACCGCUCUGAGCAUCGCCGGCACGCUGCAAUUCAAUCCUCUCACCGACGAAGUCUCCGGUAAAGACGGGAAAAAGUUCAAACUAUCGCCGCCCGUCGGCGUGGAAUUGCCCAAGAAAGGCUUCGAUCCGGGCAAGGACACCUACGUACCACCCGGAAAGGACGCUUCCGAGGUGAAGGUCGACAUCGAUCCCAAAUCGAAGAGACUCCAAUUGCUGAAACCGUUCGAGAAAUGGGACGGCAAAGAUAUGAUAGACAUGACUAUUUUGAUCAAAAUUAAAGGGAAAUGCACCACCGAUCACAUAUCAGCAGCCGGACCUUGGUUGAAAUACCGAGGACAUUUGGAUAACAUCUCGAACAACAUGUUUAUAACAGCGACGAACGCCGAAAACGGCAAGCUCAACGAGGUGAAGAACCAGGACACGGGCAAGUACGAGCCGGUGCCGCAGGUGGCGCGCCACUACAAAUCCAAAGGGAUCAAAUGGGUGGCGAUCGGCGAGGAGAAUUACGGCGAGGGUAGCUCCCGAGAGCACGCCGCUUUGGAGCCGAGACACCUCGGCGGCAGGGCCAUCAUCGUGAAAUCGUUCGCGCGCAUCCACGAGACCAAUUUGAAGAAGCAGGGCAUGCUGGCCCUCACCUUCGCGGACCCGCAGGACUACGACAAGAUCCAGCCGACGGAUAAGGUGUCGCUGAAGGGUUUGGGCGGGUUCGCGCCCGGCCAGCCGUUGGACUGCGAGAUCAAGCACGGCGACGGUAACGUCGAGAAAAUCAAAUUGAAUCAUUCGUUCAACCGGCCGCAGAUCGAGUGGUUCAAGGCGGGUAGCGCUUUGAAUAUGAUUAAAGCGAUGGCUAAGGAAUAAAUUUUUAUGAAUAUUUUUAGCGACUUGACGAACGGCAGCAGGUAGACUUGCUGGAGUUUUUUCGGUUCGACUGCUACUUUCAAUUUUGACAUUUUUGACACACCUGCUUAUCAAUAUAAUCAUUACACGUACAAGUUUCGCGUAAAUAUAAUAGUGUAUAAUAAUAUCCAUAAAUUGUAGUUCACCA